AUAUAUUUCAGUUAUCCUUUCUAGGCCAAUACAUGAUUAACUCACAAAUAAGGAAUUUCCUAUUAUGUCCUUGCUUAGAGAAUAUUUGUCUAGAUUUUGUGAACUUUUUGGUUCUUUUUAAGAUUAUGGCCAAAGCAUAAUAUAUAUAUGUAUAAAUAAAUUCAUUUCUUUUACCUGACUGACUCGGUGACAGGCAUGCUAGUCCCCUUUAUGCAACAAAAAAAACUGGCUCUUUCUUUCUUUUUCUUUUUUUUUUUUCUUUUUUAGCUUUCUUUCUUUUUUGCUUGUAUCUGAGACUGACAAAAGAUUUUGGUGAAUGGAGUAUUGGUUUGGAAAGCAAGAAGUGGCUCUAAUCUAAAGGAAUUUACCUUAAACUAAAGUGACCCGUUUGAAAGUUGGUUUCAUUGAUAGAGAAAAGAGAAUUUGGAAGCAAUUGUGUGUUCUUGCACAUUCAACUUCAAUGGCUAUGAAAAGAAGAGUAGUUGCUUUCGCUUUUAUUUGUUUAUUAUGGUUUUGUAGUACUGCAAAUGGCUUGUUAUCUCCUAAAGGUGUAAACUUUGAAGUGCAAGCUUUAAUGGGCAUAAAAGCUUCUUUACAUGAUCCUCAUGGUGUUCUUGAUAAUUGGGAUGGAGAUGCUGUUGAUCCUUGUAGCUGGACAAUGGUCACUUGUUCUCCUGAGAGUCUUGUCAUUGGCCUGGGAACUCCUAGCCAGAAUUUAUCUGGUACUCUUUCCCCAAGCAUUGGCAACUUGACAAAUCUUCAAAUUGUGCUCUUACAGAACAACAAUAUAACAGGGCCAAUUCCUGCAGAGCUAGGGAGGCUUAGAAAGCUUCAAACACUUGAUCUUUCUAACAACUUCUUCACUGGGGAUGUUCCUUCUUCUCUAGGCCACUUGAGAAAUCUCCAGUACAUGAGGCUAAACAAUAACAGUCUCUCAGGAAUUUUCCCAAUGUCAUUGGCUAACAUGACCCAACUUGUGUUUCUUGACUUGUCUUACAACAAUCUGAGUGGCCCUGUACCCAGAUUUCCUGCUAAAACAUUCAACAUCGUUGGAAACCCUCUGAUCUGCCCAACUGGGUCUGAACCAGAAUGCUUUGGGACUGCACUUAUGCCAAUGUCCAUGAACUUGAAUAGCACACAAACUGCUUUGCCUUCUGGCAGACCAAGGAAUCAUAAGAUAGCCCUUGCCUUUGGCUCUAGUGUUGGAACUGUCUCAAUCAUCAUUCUUAUACUUGGAUUUCUUCUAUGGUGGAGGCAAAGACGCAAUCAACCAACAUUUUUUGAUGUUAAGGACCGACAUCAUGAGGAAGUUUCUCUUGGAAACUUGAGGAGGUUUCAAUUUAGAGAACUUCAAGUAGCGACCAACAACUUCAGCAACAAGAACAUACUUGGGAAAGGAGGCUUUGGCAAUGUGUAUAAAGGUAUUCUUCAUGAUGGGUCUAUUGUUGCUGUUAAGAGGCUUAAAGAUGGCAAUGCUGCUGGAGGAGAGAUUCAAUUCCAAACUGAAGUUGAGAUGAUCAGCCUAGCAGUGCAUCGUAACCUUCUCAGGCUAUAUGGAUUUUGUAUCACAUCAACAGAAAGGCUUUUAGUUUACCCAUACAUGUCGAAUGGCAGUGUGGCUUCCCGUCUCAAAGGAAAACCAGUCCUGGACUGGGGCACGAGGAAGCGAAUUGCCUUAGGAGCUGCAAGAGGACUAUUGUAUCUCCAUGAGCAGUGUGAUCCAAAGAUAAUUCAUAGGGAUGUUAAGGCAGCAAAUAUUUUGCUUGAUGACUACUGUGAGGCUGUGGUAGGGGAUUUUGGGUUGGCAAAGCUUUUGGAUCACCAAGAUUCACAUGUCACAACAGCUGUGAGGGGCACAGUUGGGCAUAUAGCACCAGAAUAUCUUUCCACAGGCCAAUCCUCUGAGAAAACAGAUGUGUUUGGAUUUGGUAUUCUGCUGCUUGAAUUAAUCACAGGCCAAAGAGCACUAGAAUUCGGCAAGGCAGCUAACCAGAAAGGAGCUAUGCUAGACUGGGUAAAGAAAAUUCAUCAGGAGAAGAAGCUCGAAAUGCUCGUGGAUAAAGAUCUAAAGAGCAAUUACGAUAGAAUUGAGCUUGAGGAGAUGGUACAAGUUGCUCUUCUGUGCACCCAAUUUCUUCCAAGCCACAGACCAAAAAUGUCUGAAGUAGUUAGAAUGCUUGAAGGUGAUGGGCUUGCAGAGAGAUGGGAAGCUUCUCAAAGAGCAGAAUCAACUAAGUCCAAACUCCAUGAAUUCUCUUCAUCUGAUCGGUAUUCUGAUCUCACUGAUGACUCUUCAUUAUUAGUCCAAGCAAUGGAGCUUUCUGGUCCAAGGUGAAUUAUUUACAGGAUUUUAUAUAUAUGCUUUACUUUUUUCCUCCUCCACCCCCUCCCUUUCAUAGACUUAGAAUACUAGAAGAUAAAAUUCACAGGUGAAGUUGUUUUUGUAAUAGAGUUAUGAUGAUUGAAGGUUCUUUUUGGUUUUAUAAUAGGUUAUGAUCAAAACUCCAUAGGGUUUUGGUGUUUCCAUUAAAAUGUACAGAUUUUGAUUCGGAAAACUGACAAUUUCUAGAAUGAAAAUUCAUGUAUUUGUAUUA